AUGCCCGUAUCCCCAUAUGCAACUGAAGCAUGGACCGAGUACGUACUGGGAAUCUGUGUCCUCGUUGCCCGAAUUCUUUGCCGCACCAGCGUGGUGGGAAUGAAUUGGGAUGGAGAUGACUACUUUGCCUUUUUGGCCAUCAUUCUCUGGACAGCAGAGCUGUGUAUGUUUCACAUGAUAGGAACACAGGGCUCCCUCAAAGGCCUCCACGAACACAAAGGCCUCACACUCACCGACGAAGAGAAGCACAAUCUUGCGAUUGGGGCCAAGUGCAUGUUGGCAAGCUGGUGCAUCUACGUCUCUCUGAUUUGGGCACUAAAGGCCUGCAUGCUCUUCCUCUACGGAAGGUUAACCCUGGACCUCAAGCAGCGGCACAUGGUCAAGAUCACGGCCGUAGCCUGCGUCGCAGCAUACAUCUCCCUCAUUGCCGUCAUCGGAUCGCAUUGCACGCCCAUCCAAAGAAAGUGGCAGAUUCACCCGUAUCCCGGCGAUGCCUGUGCUCUGGGCACGCCCAUGCAUUACGCGUUAUUCGUCACAAACGUCAGCACCGACUUGAUGAUUUUAGCUGUUCCGUUAUCGCUGCUUUGGAAGGUCCAAAUGCCGUGGCACAGGCAGCUACUUUGCGGGAUCUGGCUUUGCACGGGGGGUUUUGUCGUCGUCGCUGCUGUUUUCCGCUGCAUCAUCUGCCUCCUAAACGAUAAGAAAGCCGACAUCGCUUUAAUCUGGUCCCUUCGAGAAACGUUUGUCGGCAUCAUUGCCACCAACAUCCCGAUCCUAGGACCCUGGAUCGCUCGCGCCGUCCACAAUCUGCGCGGUAUUCAUUCUGGUGGUGGCUCCAAGACAAGUGAUGCAGGGGUUUUAUCAGAUCCCCCCGGCGGACACAGAUUAUCUCGACUGGAGAGACGGGCCAAGGAGAAUAGGAUCCGGAGGGGCUUGGGCUGGACGACGAUUCGCAGCGGGAGCCAUGACUAUAUUGCUAAAGAAGAGCUUCAGCUGCAAUCGAAGAGCCCGUCGCAGUCUGAUUAG